GAGGAAAGUUCAAAGGGCUGAUUAACUUCAAUCUACGCAAGGAAAUUCCUAAUAAGCCAAUUCUUUUAAACUGUAAAUUGCGUUGCCUUGCUGGAGUUCUUCUAUUGAUCACUCUCCAACUUGAUUGUACAUUGCCUUCUAUUUUUAAGAACGGUCCAGACCAUCAUUUCUAUAGGCGAAAGGGGCAAAAAAAUGGAGAUUUGUUAAUGUCUCGGUGCAAACAGGAAGAAGCUCCAUCACUUAUAAGUGCGUUGAUUGACAUCUCCUCCUAAAUUCAGUGCAUCAUCAGAAGAAAACUGAUACUGGUUUUCAGAACAGCAUUAUUUCCUUAACAUCCAGGACCCAGAUAUGAAUUGAGGGAUCAAUUAUAUGUUGCACAGAUAACAUCACGUUCUCGUGAAGUGAUGUCCUGGUUUUGUCCUUGCAUGAUUUGCGGUUUCACCAUAUCUAGAAAAGAUCACUUAAAAUAGAUGCAUAUGUUAGAUUUGUUUCUUGCAUAUGCAUAUGCUUUGUUUCUCAAUUUGUGCUCUCAAGUUUCCUGCAAUCAACCUUAGAAUUGAAUUGGCCACAGAAACACUUGCGUGCUCCAAAACAUGGAAACUUGGCCAAUGUUAGAAUUCCACGGGCAGCAUGUUCUGGGAGCGCACGCCGAGACAAAACCAGCAAAAAGAUGAUUCCAAACGACCCUGAGGAGAAUCCAGGUGCCUUUUCACCUAGGACAGGAGGGACUUGUAGUUUCUUCUGUUUGAAUUCAGCCAAAUCAAGUUCGUCCCAGAAACAACAUGGGGCUCGCAGUGCCGGUUCUCACAGGAGGAGCUUUUCCAAUGAACUAAAGAGAAAGAGCUUCAGCGCAAAAAAAGGCUUCUCGCCAUCAGUGCAAAGAAGCUCAGGACCCUCAGGACAGAGGAACAGAGGUCGACCAGCAGAUAAUUCUUGGCAGCAUCUCGGCGCAACGCAUGUACCAGUGUUCGGUGACUGGGACGAGACUGAUCCAAAUUCAGGAGAAGGCUACACCGAGAGGUUCAACAGCAUAAAGGAAGAAAAAGAGAAUGCCUCGUCCAACUUCCAAACUGUGCUCUCGAUUCCGACCAAUUACUCAGAUAGCCCCACGAAGGAGGGAGUCCCCUCUUACCUAUUCAAGGUAGCAUAUCUUGAAUUAGUAUUAUAAGCUUUAUGCAACCAAUUCGAAACUUGUUUCAGAAGACUAAGUUUAUCAUACUAUCUUGGAACUUGAUCAAAUACACCCUCGAGAUAUCAA